UUUAUUUUUUUGCUUUUUUGUCAUCUCUUUGAACAAAGUAAAAACACUUCAGCUCCUCACACACACUGCUGAGUGCCACAUAGAGGAAAAAUCCUCAUAAAGCUCUCCACUGCAGUUGUGUUUGGGGCAAAACUGUCAUUAUGUACGGGGUGUAUAAAUUGACCCUCUGGGUGUUGACAGGUUUUAUCUCUGUCACCACCAUCUUCUUCAACGUCUACAUCUUCUUGAUGAGUUUGUGGAACUACAGGCAGAAAAAGAAGUGGAGUCCCAGUGAAACCAUCAUCCUGGCUCUGUCGGUGGCCGACGUGGCUCACCAGCUGCUCUGCUACUUCUGGAUGACCAUGGACGAGGUGGACAAUGACUGCCACAUCAGCGAGGUCCACUAUGCCGUCAUGCUGCUGUUAAUCUACAGCCUCAAGUUCACCAUCAUGUGGGACACCAGCUUUCUCACUUUUUACUACAGCACCAAGCUGGUGAACACCCCCAACCACUGCUACACACAGAUCCAAGCCAUCAUCCUCAAGCACGUCACCUUAGCUGUGUUUCUCAUCCCUCUGUGCGGCCUGGGCACCUGCAUGCCGAUGCUCGUGGUGUUCCACUCUGACAACUUCACCAUGGCCAACAAAGACUGCGGUGUUUUAAUGCCUGACACCUACUCUGGCAAGAUCUAUGAAGCCAUGUAUCUGCUUGUUUCUGAUGUGCUGCCAGGGGUGGUCAUGGUGAAAUGCUGCUUCUCCAUCUCCAUCCACCUUGCCAUCCAUCUCCGCCACAUGAAAGCCAGCACCAACGGAGCACACGCACCAAAGCUGGGCUCUCAGAUGAGGGUGAUCCAGAUGGCUCUAUCCCUAGUCGCCAUCUUCAUCCUCUUCCUUGUCAUCGACCUGUAUGUCAACUACGAGAUUUCCGUGAACCACGAGAACAUCAUCUCGCUCACGUUCUUCUUCACGUCCAUCUACACGACUGUCGCCGCCAUGGUGCUGAUCUACGGGAAAAAAACGUUCUGGAAAGCUUUGAUACAUGAAUUUAACGUCUGUCUGGAUGAAUAUCCGUGUUUGUCUUGUCUGAAAGUGCCAGAACAAAAGGCUAAACCAAGCACUCCUGCAAAAGUUAAAACCUGA